AUGGCUUUCAAAAAUGGGCUCAGCGAACGCCUCGAUGAGCUUCGAUUUCCGUCUCCUCGAUCCCCUCCGUCGGAGUCUGCCUUCCCGGGCUAUAGUGCGCUUUCGCCAGGUCAUUCGAAUUAUGUACCAGGGUUCUCGCGUCCCACGGGGGAUGUUCGCGCCAACCUACAACGUCGUUUCACAACGGAUUCGAGCAAGGUAUCAUCAUGGAAUUAUCUGAGCCAGGGCCCUGCCCAAACUCCGGAUCCUUUGGAUCUGCUGUCCUCGUUCGAAAAAAAGCGACAACACAUUGAGUACAUGCGUGAGCAGAAACGGCGCUUUGAAGAGGACAUGAAACUGCUCGAUAUGCAGCACGAAAAAGAAAAGAAUGAAAUGGACCAGCUGGCUCGUGAUCUCGCGAAGGCUGGCUUGUCUGGUCCUGUCAGUGAGCCCACGACUCCGCCUGAGUACCGUGAUGCGCCGCUAUCCACUGCAAUUUCUCGCCCUGGUCGUUUUUCUACCUCUAGUGUGACAUCGUCACCUGGCUUUUUCAGUGCGUUCGCCGGGUCCCAGCUUACUUCGCCGCAAGCUCCUUCGCAUGCGGCUCACGGAUCUGUUGAUCGUUUUGCUGGUCACUCUCUUCCUGGUUCUCGCCGUAACUCCGAAAAGGAGGACUAUAUCGUGGAUCCCUCUACUCUUCGUCCCGCACCCUCUGUGCACCGGUACUCGCUGCCUUCAAACAAUUUUUCCAGCACUUACCGUUCAAACGUGGGAAAUGAUUCGUUUGCUGGUACUAAGCACCUCUUCAAUCGCGAUAAUGAGAAGCACGCGUUCAAUGCCGAGCACCGACUUUCUACUCCCGAUAUUCAGGGCUACAUGAAGAUGACUGAGCCUGAUGACAAGUUUCCGACUCUCUAUCGCCGGGGCGGCUCAAACAUUCUAUCCGCCAACCCUGAUGCAGUUGAUCUGGCCAACCCUCGUACUCCGGGCCCUGACUCGUAUCCUUAUCACAGUCGUCAUCGCUCGACUCACUCUAGCAUGCCUCAGAACAAUUCAGCUUCACUUCGUCUAGAUCAUCUGAGCAGCCCGACCCACGAAGAUCACGGAAGCGGGGUACACUCUCGCCACAUCUCUCGUCACUCACUUGAGGGUGGUUUCACCUUCCCCACUGAGCGCAACUCGGAGGCUUCGACCCCUGUCCCCACAAGCCGCCCCACUGUUCUUCAGCCUUCUUACUCUACCAACGAUCUGCCAACUGUCAAGGGUAACGGGUUUGACGUUGCCAUCACUCCGCCUAAGAAUCAUGCUGAGCAUCUUCACCAACACAACGCCAGCCUCGGUCGCAUUCCCAACGGUACAGUAAACCGACCUAUCAAGCAAGAUUCGCCCGAAUCCGAUGGCUCGAAGAUGAACCAGACCACUCAAACGAUGCUUCAGGCAAGCGCCGCGCCCUUUGGUCCUCAGAUGACCUCGGCAGCGCCCAGCCCUGCUGUCUCUGGGUCUGUUGGCUCUGCCGGCAUGCCCUUCCCCCUCUACAACUAUGGUAUUCAAGGCUAUGUUGGCCAGCCGACCCCGGCUCCCAAUCAGAUGCCUGGUGCCUUUGGUACAAACGCUUUCGGUGGCUACCCCAACUACGCUGGUGGAUACCGAUUGCCUGAGGCUGCUUCUCGGGGAGCUCCCACUCAGCGUCGCCAGACCGAGGGUGAGGCCUCUCAGCUCACCCGCUUCACGAACUUCCCCCUGGAGCAUUUCAAAGGUGAACUGUACAGUUUGUGUAAAGACCAGCAUGGUUGCCGUUACUUGCAGCGCAAGCUCGAGGAACGCAACCCGGACCAUGUUCAACUGAUCUUCAGUGAGACUUAUAUGCACGUCAUUGAACUGAUGACUGAUCCUUUCGGUAAUUAUCUGUGCCAGAAGCUUCUCGAGUUCUCCAAUGACGAGCAGCGAACCGCUCUGAUCGACAACGCCGCUCCCAAGCUGGUCACCAUUGCACUGAACCAGCAUGGCACUCGGGCUCUGCAAAAAAUGAUCGAGUUUAUUUCGACACCUGAACAAACCAAGACUGUUAUUCGAGCUCUUAAGCAGCACGUUGUUGACCUGGUCCAGGAUUUGAACGGCAACCAUGUCAUCCAAAAGUGCCUUAACCGCCUGGGGGCAGAAGAUGCUGAGUUCAUCUAUGAAGCCGUUGGCACCCACUGCGUCACUGUGGGCACUCAUCGCCAUGGCUGCUGUGUCUUGCAGCGCUGCAUCGACCAUGCCUCGGGAGAUCAGAAGGCCAAGUUGAUCGCUCAGAUCACCGCAAACUCGUUUGCCUUAGUCCAGGAUCCGUUUGGAAAUUACGUGGUCCAGUACAUCUUGGAUCUUGCAGAGCCAAAGUUUACCAGCCCAAUGUGCCGUACCUUCGCAGGCAAUGUAGCUUCUCUGUCCAAGCAAAAGUUCAGCUCCAAUGUUAUCGAGAAGUGCCUUCGCACUGCUGACAAUGCCUCUCGACGUGAUAUGAUUGAGGAGAUGCUGCAGGGCAACCAGCUUGACCAGAUGCUCCGUGACUCGUUCGCCAACUACGUUGUCCAGACUGCCAUGGACUUUGCCGAUCCGGAAACUCGCCAGCACAUCGUGGACGCAAUCCGACCCAUUCUGCCUACCAUUCGACAGACUCCUCACGGACGUCGUAUUGCUGGCAAGAUGUUAAAUGCCGAGGGCUCUGGCCGCAGCAGUGGCAACAGCAGUGGCCAGGCCACUCCGAAUGAGCUUCCCCCCAACAGUGCCCCCAACGCGCAAAUCCCGAAGAUGCUCCAGAAGCCUUUCAUGUAUCAGGGACCGACGAACGGCUCGAACUUCAACGGCGGCUAUCUCCCCACUCCCGGAAGCUCUUCCAACAACACCCCGCCCAAUGGACCUGGCGAGAGUCCUUCGGCAUACAAUAACAUGCAGGCACCCCCAGCCAACAACUUCGGAUCGCCGAACCCUCCCCUCUAUGCCUACUUCUAA